CGUCGAGGGCCUCGGGGUUCCCGGGCAUGCGAGGAUCAGGGGCUGGAACCAAGGCCGGGGCGGCCAGGCGUGUUGGGCCGGGGGCCGCGGGCGCCGAACCGGGCCAGGCCCGGCGGGUGCGAGGCCGCGCUUCGUCACGAACUCUGGGUGACCUUGGCCAAAUCACUUAAUUCUCCUGAGCCGGUGCCUUCGUCUGCGAAAUGCGAACGAUAAACCCCGCCUAUUGGAUGGGGCCGUUUGGAGAUUCAGCGGCGAGACCCCCAGGAGAGGCCCGAGUCCCGGGCGGUUUGCGGGGCACCGCCCACCCCGGGCAACUAGCACACAGACACCGGGUCUCUGACUUGCUACCUCUCUACUGACAUGGCCCACCGGGGUGCGGAGAGAGACUUCCAGACGUCAGCACGGCGCAUGGGCACCUCACUGCUCUUCCAGCUUUCAGUGCAUGAGCGAGAGCUGGACCUGGUUUUUCUGGAUCAUAGCUAUGCCAAGCCAUGGAGUGCCCACCCAGAUGCCAGUAGUGCUCGGCCCACCCGCACGCUCUUUGUUACUCCCCGGAGGCAGCACGAAAGUACCAUUGAAUCAGAUGUCCCAAUAGACGUGGAGACAGUCACUUCAACCCCUGUGCCACUCUACGACAAUCAGAAGGCACGCAGUGUGAUGAACGAGUGUGAACGGCAUGUCAUCUUCGCCAGGACGGAUGCUGACGCCCCUCCCCCCCCAGAGGACUGGGAGGAGCAUGUGAACAGGACGGGCUGGACAGUGGCCCAGAACAAGCUAUUCAACAAGACCCUCAAAGCAUUGCAAUCUGACCGGCUUGCCCGCUUGGCCAACGAAGGGGCUUGCAACGAGCCGGUGUUGCGCCGCGUGGCUGUGGACAAGUGUGCAAGAAGAGUACGGCAGGCCCUGGCGAGUGUGAGCUGGGACACCAAGCUGACCCAGUGGCUGCACACCACUCUGGUGGAGACCUUGAGUCUGCCCAUGCUGGCGGCCUACCUGGAUGCUUUGCAGACGCUGAAAGGGAAGAUCCCUACCUUGAUUGACCGGAUGCUUGUGUCGUCCAACACGAAGACGGGGGCUGCAGGAGCUGAGGCCUUGUCUCUCCUGCUGAAGAGGCCCUGGGACCCUGCGGUGGGGGUGCUUUCUCACAACAAACCGAGCAAACUCCCGGGCUCCCCGCUCAUCCUCGUCGCCUCCUCUGGGCCCUCCAGCUCUGUGUUCCCCACCUCACGUCGUCACCGGUUCUGGCAGUCUCAGCUGUCCUGCUUGGGCAAGGUCAUCCCUGUCGCCACCCACCUGCUGAGCAGUGGAAGUGGGGUCGGGGUUCUGCAGUGUCUUGAGCACAUGAUCGGGGCUGUGCGAAGCAAGGUGCUGGAGAUUCACAGCCACUUCCCCCACAAGCCCGUCAUUCUGAUUGGCUGGAAUACAGGAGCUCUGGUGGCCUGUCACGUGUCGGUGAUGGAGUACGUCACUGCAGCUGUCUGCCUUGGUUUCCCUCUGCUCACUGUGGAUGGCCCCAGAGGGGAUGUGGAUGACCCCCUCUUGGAUAUGAAGACUCCAGUCCUCUUUGUCAUUGGUCAGAAUUCCCUGCAGUGUCACCCUGAAGCCAUGGAGGACUUCCGGGAGAAGAUUCGGGCUGAGAACAGCUUGGUGGUGGUUGGGGGAGCCGACGAUAAUCUCAGAAUAAGCAAAGCCAAGAAGAAGUCAGAAGGGCUCACUCAGAGCAUGGUGGACAGGUGCAUCCAGGAUGAGAUCGUGGACUUCCUGACUGGCGUGCUCACUCGCUCCGAGGGGCACGUGGGCACCGAGCCUCGGGACCAGGAUGCUGAGAAGAAGAAGAAGGCCCGGGACAUGGCCCGCAGAGACCUGGCCUUUGAGGUCCCCGAGCGAGGCAGUCGACCUGCCUCGCCAGCUGCCAGGCUGCCUGCCUCCCCGUCAGGCUCGGAGGAUCUUUCCAGUGUGUCCAGCAGCCCCACCUCCAGUCCCAAGACCAAAGUCACCACUGUGGCCUCUGCCCAGAAGUCCAGUCAGGUGGGGAGUGCUCAGCUGCUGAAGAGACACGUGCAGCGGACAGAAGCUGUGCUGACCCACAAGCAAGCCCAAGCACAGUUUGCUGCUUUUCUGAAACAAAAUGUGCUGGUGAGGAAAGCUCUUCCUCCUGGUACCUCCUCCUGUCUCUUCGUUCCCGUUUCAGCAGAACACGUGGAGGAAGCAGAGAAAGAGGACCUCCGGGCCCAGCUGAAGCGGCAGCAGCCCCCCAGUCCUCUCCCGGGCAGUAAGGCCCCCAAGCGGCCCAAGAUCAAGGUGGCCCUUGUUGCCCAGGGGGACCCGGCAGGAGGACCUUCCCAAGGGGGAGCCCCAGAAGCCGCGGGAGGGAGGCCCGUCACCAUGACACUGGGGCAGGCGUCAGCAGGGGCGAAGGAGCUCACGGGGCUUCUCACCACAAGCAAGCCCAGUGCUUCUGAAGGGGGUGUCUCCACCGGCCCCGCCCCCUCCGUGGUCCCCAGCAGCGCUGCGCCCAGUGGCUUGCACACACUCCAGAACCGCCUGGUGGCCACCUCUCCCGGCAGCUCCCUCCCAGGAGGACCUCCCUCUGCUGUGAGGCCCCUGGACUGUGUGCAAGGUGAAGUGGAAGGGGCCGCGUCAGCCAGCAGCCUCCUCCAGGGCCUCAGCUUCAGCUUGCAGGAUAUCAGCAGCAAGACGUCUGGCCUCCCAGCGAACCCCUCCCCGGGGCCAGCCCCACAGGCCACCAGUGUGAAGUUGCCCACCCCCAUGCAGAGCCUGGGUGCCAUCACCACGGGCACCAGCACCCUGGUCCGCACCAUCCCUGUGGCCACCACUCUGUCCUCCUUGGGUGCCGGUCCUGGUGGGAAGCCCACAGCCAUCCACCAGCUGCUGACCAAUGGGGGCCUCGCCAAGCUGGCAGGCAGCCUCCCGGGCCUGGCCCAGAUCUCUAACCAAGCAUCAGGCUUGAAGGUCCCCACCACCAUUACGCUGACCCUCCGUGGGCAGCCAAGCCGAAUCACCACGCUGAGCCCCAUGGGCACAGGAGCAGGCCUGUGCGAAGAGCCCACGUCCCAGGCCCUGCCCUCCAGCUCUCAGCGCCUGCCGCCAGCUCCCUGAAGACACCGUGCGACUGUUGUGCUUCACCCGGUGGUGAUGGCUGCUGCACAGUGAGCCUGGGCCUGUGUGCUGUCCUGCUGAGCCGUCCACUUGUCCGAAGACCUCUUAACCACUCGUUUUGGCCUCCCCCCACCUGUUUUCAAGGUUGGGCCUCUGGGUCUUGUGAAACUGUUGGGCUGAGUGAUACGGUGCCCACAAGGGGGUGUUGCCCUGCAGCCUCUGCCAGUCUGCUUCCCAGACUCCCCAGCUCUGGGGCAGACCCGGCCGUCACAGACCAGAGGCCCUUCUUCCAGCACCAGCUAUCACCUGCCCCGAGUAGCGGUGUUGGACCACUCUCUGUAUUUCAGAAAGGAGCCCCUUCUGGAAGUCUGCUGCCCCCAUGCCAAGUUGGGAGACAUGUAUGUGGCCGGGGCGGCAGGAGCUUGGACUGAGAGCCCUUGUCUGAGGCCCAGGCUUGUCCAUCCACCGGCCGCUGUCAGCACCAGAUAGGCGUGCUCCUCGUGCAGCUGCCUCUUAGUAGCCUGCUGAGACCAGAAGUCCUCAUUUCAGACCCACGAGAGGGCUGGGAGAACUGGGCCAUCAUCUCAGUCCCUUGGCCACUACAUGUGGGGAGCAGUCGCUGCCAGGGGGUGAAAGCUGGCCGCUUUCUCUCUUUCAUCAUGCUCUGGGCAGUUCUGCAUGCAGAAAGCCUGCGGGUCCGGAAAGGCUAAAGAAGAGCGAUGGGACAGCAGCUGAAGUGGCCUCAAGGGCGUGUCAGGAGGUUCUGCAGUGAAAGUGACCUGGGCUUGAGGCUUUGCUUCUGGUACCUAAGGAACUGUUGAGUCCGCUGGAGUGGAGAAGAAUUUGCCAUGUUAUCGAGGAAGAAGCCCCAACCCCCCGUCUGUCUCCAGUGCUGGGAGGUGGAAGUGAAUGUCUGGGCUGUCCCAGGAAGUUUAGGUGUCAAGACGAUGAGGCCAUGCUUCAGUGUUUCUGUUUCUGUUCCCUGCGACUUUUGUCUGCUCGCUUAGAAGUGGGGAGAUGAUUGGCAUGGAUACCACUGAGCAGGGUUCUUGGUGCCAGCCUGGGCCGGAGGUGGAGGUUCCUGGAGAAGUGAUCGCUGAAGACGGAGCUCAGAGCCGCUCCUCCCCCUCACAGCACUUGUGCGCAAAGGUAGUUGUAGAUUUGACUUAGGACCCACCAUCCAGGGCAGGCUCCCCUCCCUUCCAUACUCUAGAACGUUUCCAGCCAUGGUGAUAAGUCAGGCAACCCAAGUGGGACUCUGCUCUGUAUCUAUGGGCAGGGAGGGCGCAGAGCAUGCCAUGGCCAAAACUGUGGUUCAGGGUCCUGACCCUCGUGCACCAAAUAUCCACACCAGGCCACCUGCGUUCAAUCCGGAAGCCUCAGCUGCCAGUCUGAGUGGCAGGCAGGAGGGGUGCACAGUGUGCAGGAGUCUCAGGCAAGACAGACGGGGGUGGCUGGGAAGUGGACAUCUUCAACCCAUACUCUCCUUCCCUCCCUAACUCCUGCAGAGCUGGUCUCUGGUGAUUCACACAGAAUUAGGCUGUAAUCUUAAUUAGCUGGUAGGUAACUGCUUUCUGAAAUUCAGAAGGCAUUUAGUGAGUUUGAGGAAGCUAUGAACUUUGAAAGAGGAUUGAUAACUUACAGUAAGAUGAUAACAGCAGGACCCGAGGACAGUAGACCGAGACUAUGUGACACUUUCAGGAAAUAUUUGGGACAAGCGGAGGGUCCUGAACAGGCAGGUGUCCCUCACGCAGGAGCGCAGGCUAGACAGCGCUGGAGGGACUGCCCCCGACUGCUGGCCCUGUCCUGCCUGCAUGUAAAUCCUCGUAUGCUUCCCGCGGUGAGUUCCCUAGGCUCCGGCCUGCAGAAUGCCGGCACUGGAGAAGGGGACUUGUGAGAACACGGAUGCUUUUCACCUUGGGGGGACGGGCUAAAGGGAGGCCACUGAAGCCCAUAGUCACGUUCCCCGAUUCCACAUCUGCAACCACACUGCUUGAAAUAUAACAGGAAGCUUUCCUCUACCUGUCACAUAGCAGACCUGCAGUCUACAACCUCAGACAGGGAUACCUCUGGCUGGAAAUGUAGAAGGAUCAAGAAGGCUUUAGUUAAAUUUCCGGAUGGCAUGCCUGCUGAUGCUCUCUGGGAGAUGUCCUCAUGCUUUGAGAACAGGCAGCUGUGGAAGACCUGUCAGUCUUGGGCUGCAUGGGUUAUAGACUGCGCCACUGUGAUGGUUCUGUUCUGACAUUAGCAAAAACAAUUAAUAAAAACAGCUGUGCAUUGCUCCAGCUCAUUUACAGUUGACUUCCCAUGUUUAUUUGGUAAUCACCCAGUGAGGUAGUACAGAAAAUAAAAGCUGAGAUACAGUGGGAAUGCCUGAUGCCACAAGGUAGGUACUGGUGAAGAAACGGAGGCACAGAGAAGUCACACAAGAGGAAGCGGCAGACGCAGGACUAGAACCCAGGUAUGCUGGUGCCAGUGUCUGUUCUGCUCUGCACUGUGCUGGGGUUCUGAGAUGGGAGCCCGGAAGUGGGGAUUAGCCCAGGACGGGAGGGCAUGGUGGCCUGGCCUCAUGUGACCCUUCUCAGUUUCCUUCCCACCAGGCCUUGAGUGAUUGCUGCUGCCAUGGUGGGGCUCUCGACGGGGCCCGAGUCAGUAGGGUGGGGUCCUCGCCCUGGGUCCUGAGAGACCGAAGCCCCUCUGUACAUCCUACACUCCACCCCCGCCGAUAAAGAUUUAAAGGUGAAUGAAUGAAUUCCAACCUCCAGGUUAUUUGUGAUGUUGUGUUCAAGAGGACCUUCCCUCCGUCCUUGGAAUUCCAGGCCCGUGACCUGGCAUUGGCACCCUGUGUGGGUGCAAGCUGUCAUGGUGGUAGACUGGAGUGUCCCAUAUGUGUGGGCUCACUUGUUAGCCCAUAGUGGACUGACGCCUUCUCCUCCUUCCCAACUCUGCUCACUGACUCAGGGAGUCAGUAGGAUUAGCGUUCAGGUGAUAGCUGUCUUGAACGUGAGGAGUAUAGGGACAGGCCCAGAGCAAAUUAUGAUGCAGAAGAAGCUUUGUUAACCUUUUAGCUCCUUUUCUAAAGCAUGUGUUAGCCAGGAUCCAUGUUUACAAGCAGCAGAAACCAUUCACCACCCAAAUCAGUUCUUAAAGGAAAUCUCUCAGUAGGCAUUCUCAGACUGGGGCCUGACACUCUCUGCUACUGACCUCAGGGUCUCAGGACCUCAACGGACUCGGACUUGCCAGGGGCCGGUUUGGAUCUGGUUGUCCCAGGACUUUCCAGUUUGGGGGCCCUUCGUGGAUGGCCAGUCUCUGUCUAUUGGGUCAGAUUCUGAACACAGUGACCCUGACUGCCUCAGUCCCACUUGAGACUGGCUCUUACAUCUCCCUCCCCAGUCUAAUGAUCGUGUGUAGAGCAGGAAGUCGUAUGGUUCAUAGUCCUGCCUUUCUAAGAAGACAGGAGAAGGGAUGGAAAAACAACAAAAAACCAUUGGGCUAUUUAGAGGUGUUUGUUUUUUUAAACCUGCAGUGACGUUGCCUUCAUCCAGCAUCCCCCACUGCUUGCAGCUCACAUACCUAGGGCCAGAUCAGAACCAGAAAAUGACAUUGGUACAGUAAGUGAGUAUAGUUCUGCGUCAUUUUAUCCCUGCAGCCACAGCCCUGUCGAACCAUCCCGUCACCAGAGUUCUCCCUUGUAACCACACCAGCCCCUUACCUCCCCACUCUGGACCUGUAGCAUCCCUGUUAGAAACGAUAGAUAAAUACCGUGUUUCCCGGAAAAUAAGCCCUAGCGUGAUUUUUCAGGGUGACAUCCCCUGAACAUAAGCCCUAAUGCAUCUUUUGGAGCAAACAGUAUAAGACCCGGUCUUAUUUUCGGGGAAACAUGGUAGAACGCUAUAGUGCAUGGCCUCAGACACUGGCUUUUCCCCGCGCAGCAGAAGUCCAUUGCUAUCCCUCCAGAUUGUGUGUAUCAGUAGUUCUUGUUAUUGCUGAGUGGAUGGACCGCAGUUUCUGUAACCACCUACUGAGGGACAUUUUGACUGUUUCCAUUUGGAGCUGUAACACAUAAAGCUGCUCUGAGCAAGUGUAAGCGGGGUUUUGUGUGAACAUUAGUUUUCAUUUCUCUGGGAUACAUGCCCAGGAGUGUGAUUACUGGGUCAUGAGGUAAGUUGUUAAGUUUUUUAUGAAAGUGUCCAGCUGUUUUCCAGAGUAGCUGUACCAUUUUUCAUUUCCACCCAUAAUCUGGGAGAGACCAUUUCUCUGCUCUCACCCGACUUGGAUACUGU